CUAUUUCUCUAAUUGUGAUGAAGCAAUUUAUUACUCUAUCAAUGUAGAUGGAGACGCAUAAACUAUUUUUGAUCACAACUUUUUCAGCGUUUGUUUCCCGAACAGAGCGCUUUAUCAUUUUGUCAUGAUAACGUUCGACAAUGACAAAUUCGUACCCAAAUUCAAUGUCCUUCUGUGCGUAAACACCAUAACUAUGAACGGAAAGAUCUGGAAUUUUUUUCCUGAUCAGUUCAAAACUACCAACUUGAUGGAAAUGAAAUGUUGCAUCGAGAUGUUGGAGGUGAUGACUCCUUGUAAUACUCCAGCAACGCCUCCUAAUUUUCCGGACACAUUGUUAGCAUUUUCAAAAUUAUCAGCAGGCAAUGGAAACAACACUUCCUGUCCACCAAUAAACAAUAAUCCUAGUGGAACUCAACAGCGUCAAUCACCACAGCCGAUGCAACGAUAAGUGUGCACCAUAGUGGAAUUAUACAUAUGGAAAAUAUGCUCAUUGAACUCUUUGAAGUGGUAGUCACUAAGACAAGUUAAUAACAAAUUCAAUUAUUUAUUUCGGUAGAAGCACACAGAUUCUUCACUAAUGUUCUGUGACCAACGAUGUUAGUAUAACAUAAUAUAGUCACCGUGUGAACUGUUAAAUAUAAUUCGCCUAUAAGGUGACCUGUGACAAGUACGAGACUAUUCCGUGAGUGAAGGUGAAUUUUAAGUUGAGACAUGUCUUUGAAUAAAGUUCAGAAGCAAUAAAACAUAAUGUGGUUAUCCAGAAAAUCUUUUGUGAAUCUUUUUGUCAGAGAGGGAAUCAGAAGCCUUAGUUUGACCUAAGCAAAUAGUGAAAAUUAAAAUUUUACAAAUUACACUAUGGAAUGAUUUCAAAGGAAAUACUUCUGUCAAGAUUGAUCUUUUAUGAUGAUGUCUCAGUUUGAAAUUUACAACAUUCGCUUUUCGAUGAGUUUGUAUAAUUUAAAAUUUUUUUUUUUUCGAAAAUCUUAUUUAUACUCAAUCUAGUCUUAUUUUAUUCAUAAAAUUCCGUAGUAAUCUAUUUGAUCUGAAAGAAUUUUUAAAUGUGAUUUAGAUAUAAAAUACCUAAUGUGUAAAUACAUUCUUCAAUGGAACUUUAUCAACUUUGACAGAUGCUACAUCCUAAUGAAUAAAUUUAAAGGUAGCGGUUGGGCCAUGAUAAGUCAGAAGACUGAAACAGCAGAGUAGACAUCUUUUGUGCUCCAACCGCCAUUUUCACACAAUUUUCUGGUUCUCCUUGAAAUUAAUUUUAAUUACCUUUAUAACAAAUAUUUUGUUUAUAAAAGAUUCUUUACAACUUGAGAAAGUCACACAAUUUUUUCUAAUAAUUUUAAGCAUUAGAAAAAAUUAUUUUUUUCUGUUCAAAUAUUCAAUUGCCAAUACAAUUUGCAUUUUUCCAGUGCAAUCUGGCAGAAUAAUGAAGGUGCUGUCAUAUCUGGUAAAUUAACUGGAUCUAAAAUAUGUUUUGUUAUUUUGUAUAUAGUAGUUAUAAGUUUGAAUUUUUCAGGCUGUUGCCUGCUUUCCUAUUAUUUUAAAUGACAUGAACUAUAAUAAAAUAAAAAUUAUAAUGCUU